AUGUCGCUCUUCUCUCUUCCCCCGGACAAGACGGACCCGCUGCCAGAGCCCGAAGACGCCGAGGCACGGCGACGUACAGGGAGUGAAGACAUGGAGUCUUGUUGCCGCCUUACCGCAGCAGAGGAGCUACGCGGUCACCUGCUGGACUGCGUCAGCCUCUACGCCUCCCGCUUCGAGCACAGCGCCGUCGCUCUCGCGUGCAUUGGGGCGCUUUUUCCGUCGUCGUUGUCAUCAGUACAGGACGACGCACCUCCCGACACCCUGAAGGUGAGCGAAGCGGAGGAUGGUGAGCCGCGCUCGGCAGGUGGCGCCGUUGACGGCUCUACUGUGGCUACCGUAUUGUUCAUUCAUGUUGAGGCCGGAUCGGGCACUUGUCGUGGCGCCGCUGGUGAGGGCGACGGAGAAGCCGCGACAACGCUGCUGGGGGUUGUUGUCGCCUUCCAGUACUGGAGAGGCUUUUCUUGCGUUGCUGAGCGUCGUUACACCUCGGCAGCGGAGGCGCAGGACGAAGCAGCGGCCCUGGCGAGCAUGAGUCUCACCGUGUCUGAGGUGCUGAAGAUGCCGCAGUGGCAGCUAAUUGGCGAGCGAGCGGCGCAAGAAAGCGACCACACCGAUCUCAGCCCCAUCCCGAGGGGCUCUAAUAUGACGCAAUGUUUGGUUGGUGGAGAGAAGACGGUGGCGCAAUAUGGCGCCGCCUACGAGAGCCUCAUGGCGCUCGUGGUGAGCACUUAUCUCUAA